UCAAAUUCUUGACCCAUUUUUGCCGCAAGCAUCAUGUUUAGGCCGAAUGUUGGGCGUCGCGCGCGCAUGGGCCCCAACGCCGGGCGCAACGGCCAGGGCAUCGCGCUGAUGCUCAUGCUCAUGCAGCAGAUCCAGCAGUUAGAGCGCAAGCCACCGGUCACGCUUGGGCUCAUGGGUACACAGCAAUUCCUUAUCCGUUUGCAUCGUCAAAAUAACAAAUCCGGGUGCUUCUGGCAGCUUUAAUGUAUGGACUCCACUUCCAGAAGCAGCAAACACCGGAAAUCUUCGCCCCAUACUCACUAUGCCCCGACCGAGUUAUUGGCCAUUGGGACUUGACACGCAUUGUGGUGUCGGGCCUCAUCCACGUGGACGACUGGCACUUGUACCAUAACAUGAUUUCGUUUUUGUGGAAAGGAUACAACCUCGAGUACAAGAUGGGCAGUGUGCGCUUCCUACUGACAGUGGGGUGUUUGCUCGUUCUGUGUCAUGUACUCGUAGUCAUAGUGGCAGUCGUACUUGCAACGGGGUUCCAAAUGCCGGGACCGUUGUAUCAAUGCAGUGUGGGUUUCUCGGGGGUACUCUUUGCUCUAAAGGUGCUCUUGAAUCAUAACUCGCCAACAUUUUCGUCUGUGUACGGCUUUCGAGUGCCCACGAAAUAUGCAGCAUGGCUAGAGUUAGUAGUGAUUCACUUCCUGGUGCCGCGAAGUUCGUUCAUGGGCCACAUGUGUGGUAUUCUAGCUGGUUACAUUUACGUAUAUUCUUCAGCGAUGCAGUCGAUUUUAUCAUCUGGAGCUGGUGCACUUAGUCGAUGGAUUGGAGCAAUUGUAGGACCCAUCAACAAUCGCGACAAUACUACUUCUCCACGUCCUUCGAGGACGCCAACUUCCUCUUUUGAGACAGACGAAGACCUAGCGCGACGUCUUCAAGAAGAAGAAUACCGAGCUAAUCGACCUCCACAAUCAUACCCAGAACAAUCUGUACCUGAGCACAUCAGCUCAAGCGAACUUCGACGCCGGCGUUUAGCUCGAUUUGGGAACGGGUACUAGGAAAUCAAUUAACUAAAUCCAAUUCCGCAGAGAUGUUGAAGGUGUUCUAGUUAUUGUUUUUGAUGAAAGCCGUAAUUAAAGAGUAAACUCUUUUACUAAGUAGCA